CACAAACAUAAUAAAUAAACAAAAUAAAGUUUCAUUCAUUAUUCAUAAAUAAAAAUGCUACUACAUGAUAAUGAAAAAGCUUAAUCCCAAACGCGAUUCUCCAGAAUCGCGGUGGCGGUGAAGAAGUAAACGAUGGCCACUUCUCGUUCUUCUUACUUUCGCCAUAAAUUCAAAUAACUCUCUCUCUCUCUCUCUCACCUUCUUCUUCUUCUUGCUCGUGCUCGUGUUUCUCCGAUUUUGUUUUUUCUUUUUAGAUCCGUAUUCUAUAGUGUGAUUGUUGCUCUUGAUCCAUUUUUUCUUCAUUCAGGAUCAUCAAGCUAGAAGUUUUUCUUUGGAUUGGUGCAGUUUGUAAGGUUUGGAAACAUGUCAUUCAAAAGUAUAGUCCGCGAACUCAAGGGGAUGAAAAAUGGAAUAGGUAGCAUAUCAAAACGGGGUUCCGACACCAAGAAUUGGCUAUGUCGGUCAAAGUCGCAUGUUGCUCCGGAUGUAACUCCAAUUGAACCUAUUCAACAAGGACAAUGGGCGAGUCUACCUCCUGAAUUGCUUUUGGACAUAAUCCGUAGGGUUGAAGAGAGUGAGACAUCUUGGCCUGCUCGUGCUGUUGUUGUUUUUUGUGCUUCGGUAUGUAAAUCAUGGAGGUCCGUUACUAAGGAGAUUAUCAAGACUCCCCAGCAAUGCGGAAGGAUCACAUUUCCUAUUUCAUUGAAACAACCCGGUCCUCGUGAUUAUCCGAUCCAGUGCUUUAUUAGGAGGAACAGAGAAACUUCUACCUUCGUGUUGUACUUAGGUUUGGUGCCAUCGGAGCAUGAGAGUAAUAAGUUGUUAUUAGCCGCCAGAAAGAUAAGAAGGGCCACAGGCACCGACUUCGUCAUAUCCUUGGGCACAGACGAUUUUUCUCGAGCCAGCAACAAAUAUGUUGGUAAACUGAGGUCUAAUUUUUGGGGCACCAAGUUUGCUAUAUAUGACAACCAACCUCCACAUGACGCUGCAGUUCAACCAAAUCGUCGACCAAGUGCGAGACUUAAUUCUAAGCAGGUGUCACCAAGAGUUCCAGCAUGUAACAAUCUUGUGGGCGCCAUUUCCUAUGAGCUAAAUGCCCUCUGGACUAGAGGGCCAAGAAGAGUGCACUGCAUCAUGAACUCUAUACCUAUCUCAGCUAUUCAGGAAGGGGGAAACGCCCCAACCCCAACAUCAUUACCUCAAAUAUUCAGUGAACCUUUCCCCCCCUCACCAGCACUGAAAGAAAAAAGUCCAAUGACAGAUUCGUACUCUGGCUGCCUAUCAGAGCUACCUGAACCGAGCCAAGGCUCGAUGGACUCCUUGGUACUAAAAAACAAGUCUCCUAGAUGGCACGAGCAGCUCCAGUGCUGGUGCCUAAACUUCAUGGGUCGUGUUACAGUGGCAUCUGUUAAGAACUUUCAACUUGUAGCUUCUGUUGAUCCGUCUCAUAAUGUUUCUCCUGCUGAGCAAGAAAGGGUGAUCUUACAGUUUGGAAAGAUUGGGAAAGAUAUAUUCACCAUGGACUACUCUUACCCACUCUCUGCCUUCCAAGCCUUCGCCAUCUGCUUGACAAGCUUUGAUACCAAACCCGCUUGUGAAUGAGAGCCGUGUUACUACAUCUGUGAUCAUCACCUGCUGAUUUGUUGCAUAUUAAAAUGCUAGGCUUAUCAGCUCGGUUCGUCAAGCACCGAGCACUUCGGCAUGCAGGUGAAAAUCUCAGCUGUGCAAUCAUUGUAUUCUCCCCAUGUAUAAGUUGUAUCGAUUCUGGAAUUUAUUCUGUAUGUUGUUUCAUAGUCCAGCAACUAAAAUUAAAUUAUGUUUAGUGUAUUUUAUAAUAAUAUAUAGUACAUAUUUUCUAGUAUUCCUCACUGAUGAAGCUUUUGAUCAAGCUUAAAUACUGAAUUGUUGUAAGUUGUUAAUGUUUAUUGCUGAUGAUUUUAAUGUUA